AUGGACAAUAGCUUGAAAUUGGUAGUUGUUGGUGAUGGCGCCGUCGGAAAGAGUUGUCUUUUGAUUGCCUCCACCACAAAUUCAUUUCCCGAAGAUUAUGUUCCAACAGUUUUUGACAAUUACAGUGCUAAUGUGACAUAUGGAAAUAGAAAUUAUAAUGUUGGAUUGUGGGAUACUGCUGGUCAAGAAGAUUAUGACAGAUUGAGACCUCUUUCAUAUCCAGGAACUGAUGUCUUCUUUGUUUGUAAAUUGAAUGUUUUGGUGAAAUUGCAAAUGUCAGAUUUACCCUCAUUCUCAAUAACAUCCUUCAACAAUUGA